AUGGGAAGUUCCACGCUCCAUGGGGGCCAGUGCAGUCUCAACAGGACGGUGUGCACGCUCCGGAACUUCACCAGCGCCACGCGGGCCGUGACCGAAUGGUACGCGCUGCAGGCCACCAACAUCUUCGCCCGGGUGCCGGAGCCCGAGCUGGUGGCCAUGGGCUACCCGGCCGAGCGCCUGGUGCUGGCCUGCCUGUUCGGGACCCAGCCCUGCAGCCACCGGAAUUUCACACCCAUCUUCUACCCAUAUUAUGGCAACUGCUACAUCUUCAACUGGGGCAUGACGGAGCAGGCCCUUCCUUCUGCCAACCCUGGAACUGAAUUCGGUCUGAAGUUGAUCCUGGACAUCGGCCAGGAGGACUACGUCCCCUUCCUGGCAUCCACGGCGGGGGCCCGGCUGAUGCUGCACGAGCAGAGGGCGUUCCCCUUCAUCAGGGAAGAGGGCAUCUACGCCAUGUCGGGGACCGAGACGUCCAUCGGGGUGCUGGUGGACAAGCUGCAGCGCAAGGGCCAGCCCUACAGCCCGUGCACCGUGAACGGCUCCGACGUCGCCAUCCAAAACCUCUACAGCAGCUUCAACACCACCUACUCCAUCCAGGCCUGUCUCCACUCCUGCUUCCAAGACCACAUGGUUCACAACUGCAGCUGCGGUCACUACCUGUACCCGCUGCCGCCCGGGGAGCGCUACUGCAAUGACCGGGACUUCCCGGACUGGGCCUCCUGCUACCUGGGCCUGCAGAUGAGCAUGGCCCAGAGAGAGACGUGCAUCAGCAUGUGCCAGGGGUCCUGCAAUGAUACCCAGUACAAGAUGACCAUCUCCAUGGCUGACUGGCCUUCCGAGGCUUCGGAGGACUGGAUUUUACACGUCCUGUCUCAGGAGCGGGACCAGAGCCCCAAUAUCACCAUGAGCAGGAAGGACGUUGUCAAACUUAACAUCUACUUCCAAGAAUUCAACUACCGAACCAUUGAGGAAACCCCAGCCAACAACAUUGUCUGGCUGCUCUCGAACCUGGGCGGCCAGUUUGGCUUCUGGAUGGGGGGCUCGGUGCUGUGUCUCAUCGAGUUUGGGGAGAUCAUCAUCGACUUCCUGUGGAUCACGGUCAUCAAGAUGGUGGCCUUCUGCAAGGGCCUGCGGCAGAGACGAGCGCGGGCCCUGUACUCCGGCCCCCCACCCACCGUGGCCGAGCUGGUGGAGGCCCACACCAACUUCGGCUUCCAGCCUGACGCAGCCAGCCCCGACCCCCACACGGCCGCCUACCCCGAGGAGAGGACUCUGCCCAUCCCGGGGACCCCGCCCCCCAACUACGACUCCCUACGACUGCAGCCCCUGGACACCAUCGAGUCUGACAGUGAGGGCGAUGCCAUCUAGACCGGCCGGACUGUGCCCGCCACCCUGCCCAGUGCCUUCUCUGGCCAAGUCAGAGCCGUGUUCCUCAGAGAAGCCAGCAGCAACCGGCCAUUGCCCGGCCGGGGCGCUAAGGACCUGAUGUCAGUCCCUCCAUUGCAGUGGGCUACCCUAAAAAGAUUCAAAGUUGAAAAAAUU